GCUGGGCUGGGGAGCCAGCGGUACACGGAGGCCGGGGGAGGAGUCUUCAGCGUCAUCCAGACGGACAACCAGAUCCCCUCUGCCCUCCUGUGUGAGAUCAUCCUGACCACCUUCCUGCUCCUCGUGGUCUGCAUGGGAGCCCUCAACGGGAAGAGCAAGACCCCGCUGGCACCUCUGUACAUCGGCUUCACCAUCACCAUCAACGUCCUGGCAGGCGCCGGCGUGUCCGGAGCCUGCAUGAACCCUGCCAGAGCCUUCGGGCCAGCCGUGGUGGCAAACUACUGGGACUACCACUGGGUGUACUGGGUGGGGCCCAUGGUGGCUGCCCUCCUCGCCAGCGUGCUGAUGAG